AUGAGACACGAGUUGUGGGUGCGCAACGACGACGUCAUCCUGAGAGGAGCCCAACAAGUUGUUGUGCCCGUUCAGCUCCGCCGCAGAUACCUGGAGCUGGCGCACAGCGCGCACGACGGAAUCGUCCGCAUGAAACAGGCGCUGCGGAAUCUGGCGUGGUGGCCCGGCAUCAACCGUGAGGUGGAGGAGCUGGAGCUGGAGAUCGGAGGAUCGCAGUGUCGACGUGUGGCACUGAUCGACUCUGGGUGCACUCGGACCCUAGUGCACGAGUCGGUGUGCCACCAGUGGCGGAGGAGCGCGGCAGAGGUGAUCACAGUGAACGGCCAGCGGCUGCAGUGCGAGGGCGCCGCUGAAGUUCGGCUCGCGGUGCCGGGCUGCCGCGCAGUGGAGGUGAGCGCCCUUGUUAUAAGGGAAAGGCCCCUCGGGUUUGCGGUGAUCGUGGGAAUGGACGCUAUCCGGUCGCUGGGGGGAGUGACCGUGCGCUCGCCCUCUGACGUGCAGUUCGGAUGCGAGUUAUUCGGCUCGAGCGUGAGUGAUGUGCAGUUCGGACGUCGGUCGGUGGCGUGUGCUGCCACAGGCGAGGAGACGGGAUUGAGAAUCGAGAAGGAAGACUUUGUGGUGACGUUCGACCCGACCCGGCGGCGGUGGGUGAUGUCGUGGAAGUGGGCUGGCGGCAGAGCGCCGGGUGAGCUGGGCGGCGCGGUGGACGAGUAUCCGGUGCCGGAGGAGGCACGCGCCGAGUACGAAGCUGAGCUGGAGAACUGGAUCAGAGACGGCUGGCUAAGUGAAUAUGACGAGGAAGAGCUGGGUCCGGCCAUGGGCUCGAUACCGCUGAUGGCGGUCAUGCAGUGGACAAAAGUGAGGCCUGUGAUGGACUUUCGAUCUCUGAACAAGCACGUGCCAGCCUUCACUGGUGACGCGGAUGUUUGUGCAGAGCGGCUACGCCGGUGGCGCCAGAUGGGAGCGUCCGUGGCGCUCCUGGACCUGAAAAAGGCUUUCCUUCAAGUUCACGUCGAGAAGGCCCUUUGGCCAUACCAGACUGUCUGGUUCAGGGGCAGGAGAUACGCGCUGACCAGGAUGGGGUUCGGCAUCAGCGUCGCCUCGUCGGUGAUGCAGGCGGUGCUGGACCUGACCGUGGCUCAGGACCCGCGGGUUGCGGCGGCCGUCUCCACCUAUGUGGACGACAUCCUGGUAAACGAGGACAAACUGCCUGCCACCCAGGUCGCCGAACACCUCCAAAUCUACGGGCUGGAGAGCAAAGCUCCACAGCGAGCGAGCGACGGCACCCGCAUCCUCGGGCUGAGAGUCUGGGGAGAGCCCGAUGGAGACUUGCGGUGGGGCCGAGACAACGAUGUCAAGAACGUGCCGAAGCCGCUGACGAAGCGCAAGGUGUUUUCCAUCUGCGGGCAGCUGACAAGCCAUUACCCGGUGUGUGGCUGGCUCCGCCCGGCCGCGUCGUUCGUCAAACGACUGGCGAAUGAAACGGCGAGCCGCUGGGAUGACCCCAUUGAAGGGGGUCUCGUGCCGCAGCUGGUUGAGGAGCUGGUGGCCAGCGUGAACGCCGCCGACCCAGCCAGGGGGCGCUGGAACGUGAGCGGCGACACAAUGACAAUAUACACCGACGCGAGCUCACUGGCACUCGGUGUGACUGUCGAGGUGGACGGUGAGACGGUGGAAGACGCCAGCUGGCUGCGCCGGGCAGACGACGCGGCUCACAUUAAUCUCGCCGAACUGGACGCGGUUCUAAAGGGCGUGAACUUGGCCCUUCAGUGGCGAGUCACUGAUAUGGACAUUGUCACAGACUCGCGCACAGUGUGGCAGUGGGUGUCAGACGCGCUCAGUGGCAGGGCGCGUCUCAGGUCCAAGGCGGCGUCAGAAAUGCUCAUCAGAAGACGGCUAUCAACUCUCAAAGCCUUGAAGGAUGAGUACGGCCUGAGCAUUCGCAUCAGGUGUGCGCCCUCAGCAGCCAACAAAGCCGACGCACUGACCCGGGUGCCUGGGAAGUGGCUGCGCGAGCGAGACGCUGCAGGGUCGCUCCCCGAUGUGACCGCGGCGCGCAGUAUCGCAGCCGCCGUGUCGGCGGACCCGGCCACCGGCGGCCGGCGACAGCUGGCCGGCAGCGCGGCCGCCGACUGGCUGACGGCUGACAUGCUGGACGAACAGCACAAGGGCAGUCGCGAGUUCUCCGGACACAUCACCAAGCUGGCCAGGAUGGUCGCCUCGCAGCCGAAUCUGGGCGAGUACCUCUUCGACAAGGAGCUGUAG